GGGCAGGUCCAAAGUCAGCACGGGCCGGAGCCAACGCUCGGGCUGCGCUGCUCUGCACUUUGCUGCGGUGUCCCCGCUGUGCCCGGCGAGUCCCGGCCGCCUCCACCUCCUCCUCCUCCUCCUGUUUGUCCUCCUCCUCCUCGUGCCGCUGCUGCUGCUCCAGGCAGAAUGUGGCUGUGGCUGCUGGCGCUGCUGGGGCUGUGGCUGCUGCGGCGUUGGCACCGCGAGCGGCAGACGGUGCCCGGCCUGGAGGAGAAGUUUGUGCUGAUCACGGGCUGCGAUUCGGGCUUCGGCGACCUGCUGGCACGGCAGCUGGACGCGCGGGGGCUGCGGGUGCUGGCGGGCUGCCUGACCGAGUCGGGGGCCGCACGGCUGCGGGAGACCGCCUCGUCGCGCCUGCAGACCGUCCUGCUGGACGUCACCUCCAGCAGCAGCAUCGCCGCCGCCGCCGCGUGGGUGCAGGAGCGCGUGGGGGAGCGAGGGCUGUGGGGGUUGGUGAACAACGCCGGCAUCGCCGUCCCCACCGCCCCCAACGAGUGGCUGAAGAAGGAGGACUUCGUGGCGGUGCUGAACGUCAACCUGGUGGGGCUGAUCGAGGUGACGCUCAGCCUCCUGCCGCUGGUGAAGCGGGCGCGGGGCCGCGUGGUCAACGUGGCCAGCGUGAUGGGCCGGCUCUCCAUCUUCGGGGGGGGGUACUGCCCCUCCAAGUUCGGUGUGGAGGCCUUCUCCGACAGCCUGCGGCUUGAGAUGCAGCACUUUGGGGUGAAGGUGAGCAUCAUCGAGCCGGGCUACUUCAAGACGGGCAUCACCAACGCCGCAGCCCUGGAGAGGACCUUAAUCAGCACCUGGGAGAGGCUGUCCAAAGAAACCAAAGCGAGUUAUGGGGACAAAUACCUGCAGGACUUCCUGGCAUCCAUGCGGGAGAUGCAGAAGAAAUGCAACCCCAACCUCUCGCUGGUGACCGACUGCAUGGAGCACGCACUGACCAGAUGCUACCCGCGCUGCCGCUAUGCAGCCGGCUGGGAUGCCAAGCUGCUCUACAUCCCGCUCAGCUACAUGCCCUCUGCCAUCACCGACGCCUUCUUCACCUGGCUCUCCCCCAAACCUGCCCAGAGAGCGUGAGGCAGUGAGGGCAGAGCCGGCAUCGCCCCCACAGCUGAGAUCCCCCAUCAGCACCGCGCAGCAGCGCCGCGGCUGGCAAGCUAAUUGGUGCUGAAUAAAGAUGACCUCCUUCUC